AUGAUCAUCCCACCUGACCCAGAGAAAGACCCCAGGAUAUUCGAUCCUUCAGCCUCAACACAUUCCUUGGUAGAAGCACCAUCAGAAUUCGAUGAGGUCACCUCAAGAUGGGAUGGCGAGUCGUUGCCCCCCUACGAGCGACGGCGGUCUUCGCGUGGAUCCAUAUUGACCGACCAUGAAGAUGAUCAUGAUAACAUAUUCUCGGAUCGUCACGCUACAAGACGACCCCCCGCAUUAAUUAUCCAUGAUCUACCUACCCAUCCCCGACAGAUACACCAUCAUUCACUUGCAUCCUCAUCAUCCUCUCUAACUCCUCAGCCAUCUCUGGUCUUACCUCAUCUCACCCAUCGGGACAACCCAUCUACUAUAGCAUCGACGUCAAAACUGUGGGAAGGUUCCAGCACAAAUCUGAGAAAUGGCAAGAAAAGGGCAUGUGGCUGUCUACCAAUACCGCCUGCGAAGUUUCAAAGGUGGUGGAAAAGAUGGAAAAGAUGGAUACAAGUGAUAGUAGUCUUGGUCUUGAUAGGGAUCGGUUUAGUGGUUGGGCUUUUGGUAGGGAUGAACAAAAACUCAACGCCAAAGCCACCGAUAGCACCUUGGCAAAGGCCGUGGAUGGACCAGGAUACGGAUGGAAAGAGAGUAGCUGCCUGGGCUGGAAACGGGUCAUUUAACCUCACUUACAUCGAAUCAAGAGACGCCCCAUCAUCCUCCGACGGAAAUCUUACAGAAUGCAAUAACUUCACCCCCCUCAACCUUACUUCAUCGCCCUUCACUUCUCUCUUCACCCCCUUCCCUCAAUCCACAGUAUCACUGGCAUCUUUCUCUUUCCCGUUCUCAUCUUCCGGUAACGCCCCAUCGGAUCUGUUUGUUAACGCAAGGGGGUUCGGUUCAAGCGGAACUUUACAGUUUUUAGGCUCAGAUGAUCCUCAGGCGGUCAUCACAAGUGGGGAAGAAGGAAAGAUACUGAUAGAUGUGGUGGUGAGGUAUUCGGGAGGUCAGGAUCUGUCUACUAUGAUGAGGGUCUGUAAGAUGACGAGAGGUGAGGAUGGUGUAGGAGUGGGAAUAUAUAGCCCAAGAGAAACCGAUGGGAAGAUGACCAAUCCAUUCAAGCUCAAUCCCAACUUGGUACCGACCAACCUCGUCAUUAUCCGUUUACCACCCUCAAUGUACUCUGCCAACACCCCACCUACCAAUCUACCGUCCUUCUCACUCGAUGCUGAACAUAUGAUAGUGCGUCUUGGUAAACUGAACAACGUGGCUUCCUUUGAUCUACUCAACCUGGAAACCGGUAGAGGUGGAGUUUACGCGAAUUAUGCUCAAGUCACGAAAGGUUCCGUAGUUGCUUUCUCUGGGGAUGUCAAGGGUACUUGGAAUGUUUCGGAGGCUUUGAUUGUCAAUGUGACUGACGGUUCUAUCGCGUCCGAUAUCAUCCUAUCUGACCCGAACAACAGUAGCACUGUCCUCCCAGCCACAUCCGACUACACAGUCUUCCGGCGUUCCCCAUAUGCUCUACCUUCCGCCGAUCCCAGCGGGACAUCGGAGGACGACGACGACGCGUUUGAGGACGAGGUCCAUGCUUUACUCAACUCAACUAGUAGUGGUACAUCUGUCAUACAAGCUAAUGACCGUCGCUCGAUGAUAGUCACCAAUCUAUUCACUACAUCCGGCUACGUCGAUGUCAAGUAUUUAACUCAGCCUCCCUCUAUCGAUCUAUCAGCUGUCAUCGGUACCCAACAAGGUAACAUGAACAUCAAAUUUCAUCCUAACUACAUUGGACCUUUCAUAUCCAGUACCACUUGGGGUCAAAUUAACAUACCUUCGCCAGCGUCUAUCCCGCAAUAUGACCCAUCAGGCAAAAAUCGUGUCCGACAAGUAUUGAUAGAGCCUAUUGAGGUUCAAGCCAAUACCACAUUUUCAAUACUGGGUUAUACCCAGCAAGAGUUAGAGCAUUCUCCCGAUACGAUCUCAGGGUUUGCUUAUUGGGCCAGUACGAAAUGGACAGCUGCAGGUGAAAAAGUUGUGAUCAACCAGACUCUCAGUCAAUUACAAAAUUCAGACUCGGACGAUACGGAUAACGAUAAUCAGGUGAUAUUGCUUGGCAAUUGGGGAGAUGUCGAUAUCACUUUUGAUGGGCAGUGA